AUGGAAAGUGAUAGGAUCAGAGACACGCUCCCAGAUAGUGUACGCAGAAUUCGAGCUUCACAUGGUAGGACAACUGGACCCGCACGGCGUUCAACAAAGGGGCAAUGGACGCCAGAAGAGGAUGAGAUAUUACGCAUGGCUGUUCAGCGUUUCAAAGCCAAAAACUGGAAAAAGAUAGCCGAGCUUAUCAAGGAUAGGACAGAUGUGCAGUGCUUACACAGGUGGCAGAAGGUUCUUAAUCCAGAACUUGUGAAAGGGCCAUGGUCAAAAGAGGAGGAUGAAAUAAUUAUCGAGUUAGUGAACAAAUAUGGACCAAAAAAGUGGUCCACCAUUGCACAGCAUCUUCCCGGGCGCAUUGGAAAACAAUGUCGAGAAAGGUGGCACAACCAUCUCAAUCCCGGCAUAAACAAAGAAGCUUGGACUCAAGAUGAGGAGUUGGCAUUGAUUCGUGCCCAUCAAAUUUAUGGAAACAAGUGGGCAGAAUUAACAAAAUUCUUGCCUGGCAGAAGCGACAAUGCAAUAAAAAAUCAUUGGAAUUCUUCUGUCAAAAAGAAACUGGAUAUGUACUUGGCCUCGGGGUUACUCUCACAAUUCCAAGGUCCACCUCUUGUUGGCCUAUCGAAUCACUCUCUGGCAUCUCCUUCCUCAGAGGCACAAAAAAUUAGAGAAGACAACACUCCCCAAACAGAAGCUGAUGAAGUUUCGGAAGGCAGUCAAUCUUCGUAUGUCCCCAAUUUAUCUCAAGAAGCCGCUUAUGUCACACCAGAAGAACCGUGUGGGCCCAGUGAAAACUUUCUCGAACAUAAUUUUUCUCUAGAUUGGAGUGAACUCGACACGGACGAGCUGCCAGGCCUGUCCUUGAUAGAUGUUGGGCAGGAAUCAUCUGGGCAGCUCAUGUCAUCUUCAAGUGGCAUGAACGAUCGAGAGCUGAUUCCCAGUGCUUACAUAGAACUAGGUGGUUAUACUUCCGUGGAUAAUACUGUUUGUGCGGAUGGAUCUAAUCUGAUAGCAGAUAAUGAUAAACACCCCUCUGGUGAUGUUAUCAGGGACUUUAAUGGACAGGAAGACCCAUUACUUAAUCAUGGUCUAUCUUGUUGGACACCUUUACCCAUUCAAGAUCAAUAUAAUUCUCCACCCCAUGUAAAUGGUGACUAUGAAUCUAUUUUACCAACUACUCCCGACGGCUCCAUCGCAAAGUUGAUUCCAGUCAACAACUUUGUCUUGGCACCGUUGACUGAGUCGCACAACGAUGGUAAAAAUCGGGUUGAUUUGGGUAAUCGGGAGGAUUCCGGAGCUUUAUCCUACGAGCCUCCUCGUUUUCCAAGCUCGGAGAUUCCUUUCCUCAGUUGUGAGCUUGUACAAUCUGGGGGUGAUAUGCACCAAGAGUUCAGUCCGUUUGGCAUCCGCCAACUUACUAACAUGUUCAAAUUGUGGGAUUCGCCUUCAAGAAAUGAAGAUAAUAGCCCCGUGGCCAUUUUGAAAAGUGCGGCUAAGAGCUUUUCGGGCACGCCCUCUAUACUGAAGAAAAGACAGCGGGAUUUGCUGUCUCCUCUGUCAGAAAAGAGGGGUGAGAAGAAGCUUGAGGGUAUUUCAAAGGAUUCGAUUUCGGAACUGAGGAAUGAUAUUUGUAGGUUGGAGGUUAUGUUUAAUGAAUGUGCAGAUGGGAAAGGGGUAUUGCCAUUAUCCCCAGAUGUUGGAGGGAAUGUGAAGGCGAGUUGUGCUGAGAAAGACGACAUUCAUCCUGCUUAUGAAGUGUCUGAAAGCAUUAUCUCACGGAAAGAGUGCAGUGUUGUCGAGUGUUCUGAAAAGAUAAAAAUUUGGGCUGGUGAGGCCGAAAUUGAAACCAAAACGAUUGAUCAAAAUGCAACUAAUGUGGCCAAAGAUUCUUCUGGGAUCUUAAUCGAACAUGAUACAAAUGAUCUGCUAUUCUUCUCUCCUGACCGCUUUGGAUUAAAGGGUGAUGGAUCAUCUGGUGUGAGUGCCAGAGCUAUUUUAUCUCCACCUCUGCGUUCGUGCUUUUCUGUUGUUUGCUCACCUCGACUCUGUACAGAGGACAACAGUAAUAAUUGUCUCGUAACUACGUCACUUCACUCCCAGAGUCCUUCAGACAAUAAAGUUAAAAGUUCCGGAGGAGGCAGAAAUCUUGAAAACAAUAGAAUAUACAUGGAGACACCAUUGAAGAGGAGUAUAGAAUCUCCUUCAGCUUGGAGAUCUCCUUGGUUUAUGAAUGCUUUUGUGCCGGGACCCAGGGUUGAUACAGAUAUAACAAUUGAGGACUUUGGUUACUAUUUGAGCCCAGGGGACCGUAGUUAUGAUGCACUGGGGCUAAUGAAGCAAGUUGGAGAGCAAUCAGCAGGUGCAUUAGCCAAUGCCCACAAGAUAUUGGGACAUGAAACUCCCGAAACAUUGCUUGAAGGGAAAUACACAAUCAUGAACAAGGAAGCUGAAAAGGAAAACAUUCAGAGUCCAAAUUCUCAUAACGGACAUUUAUGUUCAACUUCAAACAUCAUGACUGAAAGGCGCACACUUGAUUUUAGCGAAUGUGAGACGCCCGUAAAGGAAAGUGGAAAUACUUCGGACAACAUUAAUAUCUCAAGCCCCUCUUUGUAUCUGCUGAAAGCCUGCAGGUAG